UUGUCAUUGUUCUAGAGCACCAUCGUCUGAUCAGUGUUAUUUUUUCGGCUUGGUGUGAUUUAUUCGUACCAAAAAAUGAGAAAAAUUCUCGUAUUUCCGCUGCUGGCAGCUUUACUAGCACUUCUGCAUCGGACAACAGCCGACUCAGCCAUCGACGAGUACGAUGAAAUUGGUCGCUACACUAUCGAAGGUAAGGUUUACCCACCGGAACUAUUCGGUGGGUCGGAUCUGACCUGGCAAAUCGAUACGCAGAUUUCCAUCAAUGGCGGCGAAUACAAAGGUUUCCUUAAGGACGAUGGUUCGUUCAUUAUCUCUUCCAUCCCGUCCGGAAGCUACGUGGUAGAAAUUAUAAAUCCCGAUUAUUACUACGAAUCCGUGCGAGUUGAGAUUAACCCGAAGGGAAAAUUCCGGGCUCGAAAGUUGAAUUACGUGCAGCCAUCGCAGGUCGUGCAGGUGCCUUAUCCACUAAAGCUGAAGGCACUGAUGCGCUUCCGCUACUUCCAGCAGCGCGAACAGUGGAAGAUUACUGAUUUCCUGUUCAACCCGAUGGUGCUGAUGAUGAUUCUGCCACUGUUCAUCAUGCUGGUGCUGCCAAAGAUGAUGAGCGAUCCGGAGACUAAGAAGGAGAUGGAGAAUUUAAAUCUCUCCAAGAUGACGAGUGACAUGCCGGAAAUCAGCGAGAUGAUAACAUCCUUCUUCACCGGAGGCACACCUUCCGCGAGCGCGGUGAAGGACAAAGAGAAGUCCAAAUCUACUGGCAGUAAGCAGAGCAAAAAGAAGAACUAAGUUGCUGGCUUAGAAUUAGAUGAAUAGUAGUGCAUAGAGAGGAGUUUUCUGCGUAUUUAUUGUAACAUAGAACGAUUUUCUGAGGUACGAAUAAAUCAAUAAACUAAAAAUA